UUUGUGCCCUUUUUUUUUUUCAGACAACAAAGAAGCUGUUUCUUGUGUUCUCGGAACCCUUUAUGAAAUGUUCGGAGUUGCGUUGAACGUGCUUCGUCAGGCAAUAGAGGAAGAUGAAGCUCUGGCAUGGGAUAUGCAGCAUAUGCCUGUUCGCAAUGGCUUCAACCGACCUGGUACUUGCGCUUGGUCUGAACAAGAGAGGGCAUUGCUCAGCCCAGGCAUAGGACUCAUGAAGGCACUCCGCAUUACUAUGCGCAAAGUGUGUGUUCUUGUGAAGUUUUGUGGCCGGUGCACAAACAUGCAAGAGAACGCAGACUUGGACGCAAUAGCCGAUAUGUUUCGAACAUCUAGCUCAUUCGUGGAACACUUCAUCACAUGCCUCCACCCUCCCAUCUUUGGAACCGCUAUCCAAGAAAGUGGCACUGCACUGAAGGAAUGUGUACUAGCCAUACUGGAAGCAACAAAGCAAGUUUUAUUCUGUUGUAGGACAUUGUAG